AGUGCAUUUACAUCCCUAUUUUCUUAAGUUGAGAAGGAGUAUCAUAACAUAAGUCAAAUGAUUAUCACAAUAAUCAGUUGAAUGAUUUAAUUUAGCACACUAUAUAAGUACUUGCGUAAAAGUACCGUACUUAACCGACAAGGAACACAAACACGUGUCUCAUUUCACCAGCUACUCUCCAUUUUCUUGCCAUCUAUCUCUUUCUCCAAUCUAUCUACUACCUCUCAAUCUUCGAUUCCUUUUGAACUGAGAAAAAUGGGAAGAAUCUUUGUGGUGGAGUUGGACGGCAGAUGCUAUAGAUGCAAGUUCUGCAGAACUCAUUUGGCCCUUGCAGAUGAUCUCAUCUCUCGGACUUUUCAUUGCAGGAGAGGAAAAGCAUACCUAUUCACUAAUGCCGUGAACACGACAACUGGAGCACCGGAAGAAAGGAUGAUGCUUUCAGGAUUGCAUACUGUGGCAGAUAUCUUUUGCUGUUGCUGUGGUCAAAUACUUGGCUGGAAAUAUGAAUCUGCACACGAGAAGAGUCAGAAGUAUAAGGAAGGGAAGUUUGUUCUUGAAAGGUUCGACUUUGGAACACAGAUACGUUUGAAUGUCUUAAUCGGACGUUGUACAGUUGGUUAGAGGGAGAAAUUGGAAAGGGUGAACGGAUUAGAAGAAUACAAUGGCUUGUGUCCACAUUCAACCAACACGGAGAAGUGCGCGAAUGGGUGAAUAUUAAGACCGACCAAGACGCUCGUAGGAUGGUGCAUUACAUGUUCAAAAUUGUUUUGAUGGUUGUAAUUGCAUAGUUCUUGUAUUUUAUUUGUUAUAAUUAUUUGUGUUACUGUUUAUGUAAUGGUACUUUCGUCACAGACGUCUAAUAUGAAAUAAAUUUAGUUUUUCAUAUAU